AUGAGCUCUUUGAAUGAAGGCGUUGAUGAAGCACACAGCCCUUCUCUUACCGGUAGGGAAAGUUUUGUUGGGUUACAGAGUAAGAAAGAUGAGAAUAAAACUGUAGAGACUGAAGAGCAAACUAGACCUCUCAACAAAGGGGUUACAUCCACCUCAAUAGGUGCCGUUAAACCUUUAAAACAUCACGACACUCAAAUUACCAUGAUGUCUGUGAAUAGAAUGACCAAGGCGUCGAGUUUCAAGUUGGCUCCAUCUCAGCUUUCGGAAUUACACGAUCCCAAAUCACUAACUGCCUUCAAUAACGUAUUCGAUAAUGACGAAUCUAAUUUGUAUACUUAUUUGCAAACGGAUCGUACCAAUGGUCUUACUAUACAAGACGAGGAUAUCGAGUCCCUAGAGAGAACUCAGGUGUAUGGAUUGAAUAGAAUUCCUGAACGGAAAGGGAAAUCUUUCCUACGACUUGUGUGGGAAGCAUUCAACGACAAGACUAUGAUUUUGCUUACUGUUGCUGCAGUGAUUUCUUUCGCUUUGGGUCUUUAUGAGACUUUGGGUCAACCUCCAGAAUACGAUCCUGAGGGUAAUGAAAUCGUUAAAGUUGAAUGGGUCGAAGGUGUGGCUAUUAUGAUUGCUGUUGUUGUUGUGGUAUUAGUGGGUGCAAUUAACGAUUAUCAAAAAGAGUUACAGUUUGCAAAACUAAACAAAAAGAAAGAUGAUAGAGAUGUGGUUGUGAUAAGAAACGGUGAUGAACAUCUUAUUUCUAUCCAUGACUUAUUGGUGGGAGAUGUAAUAUCGCUUCAAACAGGUGAUGUGGUGCCUGCGGACGCUGUAUUAAUCUCAGGAUCCUGCGAAUGCGAUGAAUCCGCACUAACUGGUGAAUCGGACACCAUAAAGAAGGUAGCAUUGAAACCUGCGUUGGAAAAGUACAAGCAGAUUUUUGAGAAGGAUCCCACUAUCGAUAUUGGUAGUCACGGUGUAGGUGAAAAGGUUCCAGAUCCACUAUUGAUUUCCGGAUCCAAACUGCUAUCCGGUAUUGGUAAUGCUGUUAUCACAUCCGUUGGUGAAAACUCUGUUAAUGGUAGGAUUAUGAUGGCUUUGAAGACGGAAUCAGAAUCCACUCCUUUACAGGAAAGAUUAUCCAAUUUAGCUGAUAAUAUAUCCAUUUAUGGUUGUAUGGCAGCACUUGUCCUUUUCAUCAUUCUCUUCAUUAGAUUCCUCACUUACUUACCUAACGGGAAAAAAUACCAUGAUCUACCGCCUGCUCAGAAAGGUUCCAAGUUUAUGAACAUUUUCAUCACUGCUGUUACGGUUAUCGUGGUUGCUGUUCCAGAGGGUUUACCACUUGCUGUUACCUUGGCAUUAGCCUUUGCUACAACAAGAAUGACCAAGGACGGGAACUUGGUUAGAGUUCUAAGAGCAUGUGAGACAAUGGGGUCUGCAACUGCCAUUUGCUCAGAUAAAACCGGUACUUUGACAGAAAAUAGGAUGACAGUGGUAAAAGGGUUUGCUGGUAACUUGGGCUUCGAUGAUACAACUCACGCUGAGAACAAAGAAAUCAAGUCUGCUGUCGUUUUACGUUCAAAUUGUGAUGCAAGCCUUCUAACUGAUAUCUUGUCAAACAUCUCAUUGAACUCGACAGCAUUUGAGAAUAAAGAAAGUCAACAUAAAGAUAAGGAUGUGGAUGAAAACCCUUAUCAUAAAAGCAGAAAAAGUCUGUUCCCUUGGAGUAGAAACAACAGGACUUCACAAUUGAUUGCCGAUGCAAUGAAAGAAAAUGAUGAACAAUUUCUCGGUUCUAAAACUGAAACGGCAUUGUUGGCAUUUGCUCAGAAAUCCUUAGGGAUGAAAGACGUGCAUAAACUUAGAACUAAACCUUCAGAUUUAGGUAUUGAUAAGGUGGUGCAGGUCAUUCCUUUUGAAAGUUCUAGAAAAUGGGGAGCUAUUGCUGUUCAGUUAGCGGAUAACAAAGGGUAUAGAUUUUAUGCCAAAGGUGCCGCCGAAAUAUUAUUGAAGGUAUGUUCUAACCAGAGAAACUCCGACAACUCAAUAGUACCAAUGAAUCAGGAUUUAUAUGAUGAGUCCUUCAAAAAGAUUCAAGAUAUGGCCUCUCAUGCGCUCAGAACAAUCUCUCUAGUUCACAGAGAUUUCAAAGAAUGGCCUCCCAAGGAAUUUGCAGAUAGCACGGACCCCUCGAUAGCUUCACCAGAUCUGGUUAUGGGUCACGAGUUGGACCACAAGAACUUGUCCAGCGAAGGCAUGACCCUUGAUGCUAUGGUCGGUCUACAAGAUCCACUACGUGAAGGUGUUAAGGAAUCCGUGGAACAAUGUCAAAGAGCAGGUGUUACUGUUCGUAUGGUCACUGGUGACAAUAUUUUAACUGCAAGAGCCAUCUCAAGAAACUGUAAUAUUCUUUCCGAAGAGGGUUACAACGAUCCAGAAUGUGCAAUGGAAGGACCGACAUUUAGAAAGCUACCAUAUAAAAAAAUGUUGCGUGUGAUUCCAAAACUUAGAGUGCUUGCAAGAUCUUCCCCUGAGGAUAAACGAAUUUUGGUUGAAACUUUGAAAAAAAUGGGCGAAGUUGUUGCUGUUACUGGUGAUGGUACAAACGAUGCCCCUGCUCUAAAGUUGGCCGAUGUCGGAUUUUCAAUGGGUAUAUCUGGUACAGAAGUGGCCAGAGAAGCAUCUGAUAUUAUCUUAAUGACAGAUGAUUUCACCGCUAUUGUUAAUGCAAUUAAGUGGGGUAGAUGUGUUUCUGUGUCCAUAAAGAAGUUCAUCCAAUUCCAGCUUACCGUUAACAUUACAGCAGUUAUCUUAACAUUUGUUUCUGCUGUCGCCUCGGCAGAAGAAACUUCUGUGUUGACUGCAGUUCAGUUGUUGUGGGUCAAUUUGAUUAUGGACACUUUGGCUGCCUUAGCUCUUGCAACGGAUAAGCCUGACGAGUUUAUCUUAGAUAGAAAGCCAAAGGGCAGAGAUGCUCCCUUAAUUGCUGUAUCGACAUGGAAAAUGAUUCUGGGUCAAGCUGCUCUACAGCUUACUGUGACAUUUGUACUACAUUUCCGUGGUAAAGAAAUAUUCUUCCCAAAUAAGAGAACAAUCACUGCACAUGAACAGGAACAGCUUAACGCAAUGACUUUUAACACUUUUGUCUGGUUACAAUUUUUCAAGUUGAUUGUCACAAGAAAACUUGAUGAAGCUGAUGGUAUCUCAAAGUUCAAGGACAGGUUAACAGCAAACAACUUGAACUUUUUCCAGCAUUUGUUCAGAAAUUACUACUUCAUCUGUAUUGCCUUGUUGAUCGGAGGGUUCCAGAUCUUAAUCAUGUUUGUUGGUGGUGCCGCCUUUUCUAUUGCUAGACAAACUCCUGCUAUGUGGGCAACAGCUAUAAUUUGCGGUCUUAUAUCACUUCCCGUUGGUCUGUUCAUUAGAGCUUGCCCAGAUGAAUGGGCCUUAGCAAUCUUCCCAAGAAGGUUAGUACGUGCAAUCUUGUAUGUCUUUGGGCUGGAGUUCAUCUUCAAAAGAAAUAAAAACAAAAAGCAGCAUGAUGAGGACGAGGAAGCAUCACUUUUGGUUGAAUAUGCCAAUGACUCUAGCUUAGUGGAAUCUACGGCUUUUCAGCGGGCCAAAUCUGAUAUGAUCAGCCAUAAGGUGCAUCCACCUACUUCGGAGCCCUCUAAAUACAAUCCUAUCACAGCAAUCAACAGAUGGAGAAGCUCAAGUGGUGAUGAAAAUGAAUCAGAAGAAGAACAUUCAUUCAUCGCCUCAGUGACUAUGGUACCCACUUUAGUUGGUGGUGCUGUUGGUGGUUUUUCUCAUAUUACGGGACCUAAUGAAAAUAAGAAACAAUAA